GCGUCUAACUAGUAAAGUUCUUCCCCAGCCCCCAUGAAUAUCUACAGGGUGCACGAGGGUGCGGCAUCUGGACAUAAAUUUACAGCAGCUCAGAAUAGACUCCUCCCUAAAUCAAAUCAGCAUGACUCAUACCUCAAUGACUUCCUACCCUCUCAUCGAUGGUAUCAUUGUCGAUUUCAAGAAGUUCAAAACGAAUAUAGAGUCCGCUGAAAUAUUAUGGGUCGGCAAAUCACCAUUGCGAAUUGACGAACGCAAAGGAAGAAAGAGUUUGCAUCACACAUUUUCUCCACCCAUGAUGCUUUCCCCAGGGGAUACAUUUUCCUUAUGUAUGGAGUACAUCGACAAGUGCCUAUGCUUGGAGAUGAGGACAGAAAGAACUAUCCUCGAAGCAGAUGACAUUCUCCACGCGUAUAGUGCAAGCAAAUUUAGACGAGCUUACAUCAAGAUUCAUAAAAAAAUCAGGAUCAUCAUCAACCUUUCCAUGAAUACAACAACUGAAACUGAGCAGUUUGGCCCUCCCGAUGAAAGCCUUGAGCUCCCACCUACCACUUCCGAAAUAGCUCGGAUCCAUCCCCGGUUCCGAAUUUUGAUCGCAGGAAAGACUGGCGUCGGCAAGUCAACAUUGACCUACCUCAUAUUUGGAGUGAAGACAACGAUCAUAGCCCAUGAUAAGCCAGGCGAGGCCAACAUCGACCAUGAGUUCAUCUCUCCUCAGGACGACAGAUUUGUUAUCCACGACAGCAGAGGUUUCGAACCAGGGGAAGAAGACAAUCUCAAAAUAGUCCGAGAUUUCAUUGAACGUCGGAGGAACAUGUCUCCGGAACAUCAGUUGCAUGCUAUUUGGCUUUGCUUUGAGAUACCUCGUGCAGGCGGACGUUUGCUAGAGACGGGAACGGAGGAAUUCCUCACAUGGGCAAGGAAUGGAAUGCUGGGAAACGGCAAACGAACCUCUAUCGAUGGCUUGAGCAAUAAAGCCAUCGAGGAACUUGUCAAGAAAAAAGCAGAAGCCGAGCUGGAGGAUACCUGUAUUGGACCUCUAAAUCAAUUUGCAGGGCCUGAUAUUCCCCAUGUUACGACCUCAGGUUCAUGCAUGCCUCUGAAGUGUAAUAUCGCAGCCGCAAUAGACUAUGAGGAGACACUCACCGACCUGAUUCAGAUAACUGAAAACUGUGUCGCUCAGCAUUCUGCGUCCGAGGCUGCGGUGAUGACUUCCUUCCGAGUCGCUCAACGAGUGCAUCCUGGACUCAAAAUAGAGGCAUCAAUUAUGGUUGGCAAGAUGAGAUAUCGGAAGACGCUUUCAUUGUGCACAAUAUUCAUGAAACACAAGAUGCGGGAUUGUCUAUAUGUGCUUCAUACUGAUAUCGUCAUGGUGUGGAACUUCCAUGACCCUUCUGGUCACCUGCAUAGCCCAGAGUUCAGGGAAAUGAUGAUGAAAAUGGUCGAAGUUGGAUCUACAAAAGGAUAUCGACACUUCUCUCUCGGCCACUCGGUGCUUCAGCGCUUCAUGACCUACAUCGUUGACUUAACACUUGUGUUCCAGACGCUUUAUGCCGUGUCAGAAAGCCAAGAAGUCACUCGUAGGGCCAUCAAUCUCGCAGUCAAGUCCUAUAUCGCCUCCCCAAUGAGUCAAGAAGUUCGGAUUCGGAUUCAAGACUAUGUUAGGCAAUUGACCAUCCUGGAACGCAUGGAUCGCGAUACAUUGGAUAAAGUCGUUGAGGUGAUGCAAUUUUUUAGCAUUGAUGCGGUACAAGUGUCCGAACUUGCAUAUUUGUCAUUGGACGAACCAUUGCAAAUCGUGAUGUCGCAGCACUCGAUUGUUUUUUCAUGAUACUCACUUGUACUAUGUAACUGGAUUUAUGGUCGAUCAUACCACUGUAGCGUAUGAUGUACUAUUCUAUGAUUGCACCCGAAAGCCUGGCAACGACACCUUUUCUGUCGCAUUUGUUGGGACAAGAUC